AUGAUACUCGUGACUGGAGAUUUCAAUCCGCCUAGUACUGGUAUAAAAGCUAGUGUCAUCAAGCAAAAGUCAGGUCUCUCCCAAAUUGUGACCGUGCUAACAAGGGAUUCGGGUAUGUUAGACUGGGUCCUAACCAACAAACCGAAGUUGUUUCAGUCACCAAUCCAGCUACCGAAAAUCGGAAAAAGCGAUCACUAUGCUGUUCUUAUUAAACCUAUUGGGGCGUUGGGAACAAUAAAGUCUUCUACGGAAACUAUUAGUAGACGAGAUAUGAGACCUAGUUGCAUGGACGCAUUUGGGCGUUGGAUUACUGGAUACAAUUGGAGCUAUGUAUUGGACGCACCUACUGCAGAUGCGAAAUGCCGUCUACUAUAUAGUGUCUUGCAAAAUGCCGUUGAUAUAUAUUUUCCAGCUAAAUCGAUCAAAGUGUGCCUAACAGACAAGCCUUGGGUCUCGAGUAGGCUCAAAGGCCUGGUUACCAAACGACAAAGGGCUCUACGGAUACAUGGAAAAGACUCUCCCAUUUUUAAACGAAUCCGUAACAGUGUUAAAGAACUAGUAAAGAACUGUAAGCAUAAUUAUUAUAGCGCGAAAGUCGCUUCGUUAAAGGACACUAACAUCUCACGGUGGUGGUGUGAGGUGAAAGCUAUUGGGGGAUUGUCUAGCACAUCUGAAUGGUGGCACCAACUAUUGAGUGAAGACACUCCCACCAUAGAGUCACUCUGUGAUCAGUUUAAUAAUCUCCUAUACAGCUUAACGUCACACUUUGCCCCACUCGAUAUCAGUAGUCUGGCGGAUGAAAACCUCUAUGUCCCCCCUGGGUUCCUUGUCACUGAUGAGAAGGCGUAUAAAGCUCUGCGCUCAAUCAAAUCAAACAAGUCCCCUGGCCCAGAUCAAGUGCCGUCGCGAGUUUGGAAAGAGUUUGCAUUUGAACUAGCUCCGAUUGUGAGUGAUUUGUACAACAGCUCUCUCAGAGAAGGGCGUGUUCCAGAGAUCUUGAAGACAUCCCUGGUCAUUCCUACUCCCAAGGUCACCCCACCCAAGACAGUUGAGGAUGAUCUCAGACCAAUUACUCUUACGUCACCGUUGGCCAAAAUUCUAGAGGGCUUCACUCUCGAACACCUGAUGAAUCAAGUUGCAGAGAACCUGGACAUUAAGCAGUUUUCGAUGCCAGGCAGAUCAACAACACAUGCCUUAGUUUAUAUGCUCCAUAUUAUACUAGCUGCCUUAGACAAAGGUAAUUGCUUUAUAAGAGUGUUCUUUGCAGACUUUUCUAAAGGUUUUGAUUUGGUUGAUCAUAAUGCAUUAGUGAACGAAAUGAAACUGCUUAACGUUCAUAAUGUAAUUAUAAGGUGGAUCUGCUGUUUUCUCUCAAAUAGGCCUCAACGUGUAAGAGUAGGCAAUGCAUUGUCAUCUGUAGUUGUUUCCAAUGGGGGUAUUCCCCAGGGCACGAAAUCGGCUCCGCUUUUGUUUGCAAUCUUAGUCAACCGUAUGCUUGCAAGGUGGCCUAAUAGAGUUAAAUAUGUUGACGAUACCACCGUAUUUGAAAUUGUUCCAAGAUGCUCUCCCAGUUACAUACAAUUUAUUGUUAAUGAUAUCAAGGAAUAUGCGUCAUCAAGGGGAAUGCGUCUGAACCCCAAGAAAUGCAAAGAGCUUCAGAUCAAUUUCUUAAAGUACCAACCUUCUGUCCCCCAAAGAUUAAUCCUAGGGAGCGCAGUUGUUGAGAAAGUUGAAUAUUACAAGCUAUUAGGUGUACACAUAUCAGCAGAUCUGUCAUGGAAUGUUCACGUUGACCACAUUGUUAAGAAGGCUAGCAAGCGCCUCUAUGCCCUCAGGGUACUCAGGAAGGCAGGUGUCCAGCAGUCAGAUAUGGUCCUUAUCUAUUGCUCGUUAAUUCGGUCAGUCCUUGAGUACGCUGCUCCUGUCUGGGCCUCCCUUCCUGAGUACCUUGCAGAGCUUAUCGAAACAGUACAACGAAAAGCUAUUCGAAUAAUUUACCCUUGCCUUAGCUAUGAAUCAGGGCUCAAAGUAGCAAAACUGGACUCACUUACAGUCCGCAGAGCAGAACUGUGCCGUCGAUUCAUGGACAAAGCAAGAUGCACUGAGCCUAUAAAAUAUAUAAUACAAUCUGGGACUGAGGUCGCCCAUGGUUAUUCGCUAAGGGGGGGUUGUAGCCGUUUGGAUAAAUCAGUUGGUGUAACUGAAAGGUAUAAUAACUUUAUCACAAUUCGUUUCCAGUAG